AUCGGCGGGGCCGGGCAGCCAGUAGCGGAGGGCCACGAGCCCCAGGGCACCGGCACAACCCGCCCCCAGGUCCCUUAUCUUCGUCCUCCUCCCUGGACAACAUCUUCAGCGCCGGCACCAUGCGCGGCUGCGGGUCCCGGCUGCUCUGGCUGCUGGUGCUGUCGCUGGCCUGGCUGGGCCCGGCUUUGGGGGGCCAGGAUAAGGAUGAAGAGGUGAUAGAAGAGGAGGAAAAGGAGAAGAAAGAGGAUGAAGUGCUCUCAGAUGAGAUCAAGGAAGAGGACAAUGUCCUGGUGCUCCAUGAGCACAACUUUGCCCGUGCCCUGAAUGAGCACCAGCUGCUGCUGGUGGAGUUCUACGCGCCGUGGUGCGGGCACUGCCAGCGGCUGGCUCCCGCCUUUGCCCAGGCAGCCACCGAGCUGAGGAAUGAGUCCAGCCCAGCCCGGCUGGGCAAGGUGGAUGCCAUGGCACAGACAGCCCUGGCCACUGAGUUUGGCAUCACCUCCUACCCCACGCUCAAGCUCUUCCGUGAUGGCAACCGCACCCACCCCCUGGCAUACACCGGCCGCAUGGACAGCCAGGGCAUCGUGCGCUGGAUGCAGCGCCGGGCUGGCCCCAGCGCCACGCUGCUGCAGGACACCGACACCACCGCUGCCUUCAUCGACUCCCAGGAUUUGGUGGUCAUUGGCUUCUUCAAGGACCUGAGGGGUGAGGCAGCCCAGGUGUUCCUCGAGGUGGCUGCUGACAUGGUGGACACGACAUUCGGCGUGGCAGAGGCAGCUGAGCUCUUCCAGGCGUACGGGCUGUCAGCUGACACCGUCUGCCUGUUUAAGAAGUUUGAUGAGAGACAGACAAACUUCCCUGUGGACCCUGCACGGGGGCUGGACAUGGCCGAGCUCACCCGGCUGCUCCGCGUCCACAGCCUGCAGCUGGUGAUGGAGUUCACCAACGAGACAUCCAGCAAGAUCUUUGGUGCAAAGAUCCCCCAUCACAUGCUGCUCUUCCUCAACAAGUCCUCACCCGAUCAGCUGUUGCUGCAGGACGGUUUCAGGGCAGCUGCCGGUGGCUUCCGGGGUGAGGUGCUCUUUGUGGUGGUGGAUGUAACCGGACACGGCGCCGACGUCCUGCCCUUCUUUGGCAUGACCGCUGCUGAUGCCCCCACCCUGCGCCUGGUGAAGAUGGAGAACAAUCGCAAGUACCAGAUGGAGCAGGACAACUUCUCGGAUUCGGCCAUUCGCACCUUCAUCCAGGCGGUGCUGGACGGCAAGGUGAAGCCUCACCUGCUGAGUGCGGAGCCCCCUGAGGACUGGGACACGCGGCCCGUUAAAGUCCUGGUGGGGAAGACCUUUGAGCAGGUGGCAUUUGAUGAGACCAAGAACGUCUUUGUCAAGUUCUACGCGCCGUGGUGUCCCCACUGCCAGGCCAUGGAGGCUGCCUGGGAGGAGCUGGCCGAGCGCUACAAGGACCGCGAGGACAUCGUCAUCGCCGAGAUGGACUCCACAGCCAACGAGCUGGAGAACAUCACCAUCCACGGCUUCCCCACCCUGCACUACUUCCCCGCGGGGCCGGGCAGGAAGAUGAUUGAGUACAAGAGCACCCGAGAUGUGGAGACCUUCUCCAAGUUCCUGGAAAACGGGGGGACACUGCCUGAGGAGCCUCCGGUGACCAAGACCCCUGGGAACAGCACGGGCAAGGAGGAUCCGAGUGUGCCGCGGACAGAUGAAUCCCGGGAUGAGUUGUGAGCCCUGUCCUACUCAGGCAUGUGCUAUAAAACACCUGGAAACAAUGUGGGCUCUGCUCUGUGUCUGUCUCCAUGUGCUGGGAGCACCCACCUGUCUUGGGAACACAGCAGGGCCUCUGUCCCCCUGGGGCAGCUGUGCUAUAGCACUCAUCCUGGCAACCCUGCAACCAGGUGGCCAAGGAGCUCUCCAUGCUGGCCC